AAUCAGGGGGUGGGGGGAAGAGCGACUGAUAAAAGGCAGUCAUACUGGUUUGGUAGCAAACCUUGUCUUUCGCCCCUAGUUAUGAAGAAAACAGGUGUGAGUAAACAAGUGCUGCGGCAUUGGGAUUACACAAGCUUCAAGGUUGCAUAGUUUUGUUUUGUUCCUCCCUCGCUGUUAGAUGAUGUAACAAAUUCAUCGUGUUCCGUCUUAAGUAGAAUGAUGCAGUAACCUGAUGCUCACAUUUAAUAGCAACGGCAUUCAAGUCGGAUCCUCAGGGAGACCCGAAGUAGACAGCCUGACCUACAUCUUCUGUACGACACUGUGAUGAGAAGCGCUGUGGCCUGACAUGCUCCGCAGCUGUGCAGAACAUUUGGGAAGACAUCAGUAAACUCCAGUUCACCUGCCGAGAGACUCCACAGACUUGCGGUGCGCCAAGAAAACCAAACAACUUGAAACACAGGCGUGAUCAUUUUUUUGACGGAUUGCUUGUUGAGAAAAUAAGUUCAAUGUCUAAGGUGUUCAUGGAGUUCCACCUGUUUUUAAUCUUCUUGGCUAAUUUGGACACUUGAAUAUUCUGAUCGAGUAAACAAUUGGCAAGAGAAAUCAAUGAGGCUCUCUCUUAGAUGUGAAGUCUUUGCUGAUCCCGCAACAUAGUGGCAAUAGUUGCAUCACAAAGUCUUGUUAUACCUGUGCAUCUUUCCCGACACACUUGCUCUAUUUCCACUCUGGCCUUUGCUUGGAAAAAUGGAAAACCUGAAUCUACACAUCUCAACCACCAGCAACAAAAAUGCCAUGGAGGUGGACAGUUUUACUUCCUACAGCGAUCUCCCAUCCCCUCUUCCUGAGGGCGGGGCACGGGCCAGCCGCCAGGCUAAAGGUUCCAAGCCUACUGUGGCAUCUCGCCGCAAGCGGGAGUUCAUCUCUGAUGAGAAAAAGGAUGAUUCAUAUUGGGAAAAACGGAGGAAGAACAACGAAGCAGCAAAGCGCUCAAGGGAAAAACGUCGCCUGAAUGACAUGGUUCUAGAGAACCGGGUCAUGGCCCUGAAUGAGGAGAAUGUUCGUCUAAAAACGGAACUACUUCAGCUCAAGUUGCGCUUUGGACUCAUCACCACAGCGUCCUACAUGGAGAAAAGCCAGCACCUCCCCUCAAGUAGCGGCUACUCCAGCGCAUCCCAGGUGAUGCUGAACUCAGACUCUUCGGAAACCGAACAGCCCAGCCGCGGUGAGCGCCACUCGGCGCUCCCCAAGUAUUCUCCCAGAGGAUCUGUGUCGGACUUGUCUGAUGGCUCCUCAAGGGACAGCCCCGAGCCUUUGGGCUACAGCAUAAAGAAGGAGCCUGCCAACAUGGAGAUGGCAAGAUUGGAAGGCACUGGACUCUCUGGUGGUAUAUCCAAUGGAUUGCCAAGCCGUGCUUACCAUGGCAUUCAUCCUGCUUUGAUGUCUCCUCAACAGCAGAGUACACAAUUGGCUGAAGCUGUCAUAGACUACCAGCAGCAGCAGCCGAGCCACAUGGAGGCCUCUACUUCCACUGCCCAGGCCACUUCUUCACAAAGGAGCGUCAUUCUGUAUCGUUCUAGCAGCGGGUGUUACCCCAUGGAGAGCCAGAGGCCAGAUGAGCAGCAGAGCAGGACGCAUUACGGCCAGCACUCCUCGAACUCCAAGUUCUCCGAAUGUUCAGUGACCAUCGCCGAGGUCGCCGAGAAGCUGGAGAGGACAAAGACGAUGGACUGUGAGCAGUACGAAUAUUCUGAGGAACUGCAGGCACAAUACAACAGCCAACAGCACGAGACCCACUACAGCUUUCGAGCUCAGGAGAACAGCCUUGAGCAAGCUGAGAGCCGGAACCCCUUUGCUCCCAAUCUGAUCCACAGUACCGAGGAGGGCAUGGCGGUGUUCUCGCAGCACAAUGGCUACCUCAACACAAUGGAUGAAGAGCCUCCAGUUCUCACCUAUGAGGGAGGCCCUAGAAGCGAUGGCUUCGACCAAGAGAAUUCCUCUGCUAAAGAUACGUCAUCUAGUGACGGGGACCCCCGGAGCUCCGACAAGGAGGCUUUGACCGAUGACGAAUCCCCCUCUUCAUCAUCCUCAGACAUUAGCAGCUACCACCAGAAAGCUUCGGCAACCACUGGGCCCCACGGAGAGUGCCAAGCUGAGGUCAAAGCGACUGCCCUGCCCCACAAGCUGCGCCUCAAGAACCGAGCAAUGUCCACCGGGGCGACAAAAGCACAGAUGGAGGUCUGCGUGGGCGUCUCCAUGUCCCCAUCCCCCACCCUGCCCCAGCACCCUUACCUGGCACUGCCAAGCAACUCUAACAGCAGCCAGGUCAGCAGAGAGGCAGAGAAUGAUGUGGAGUACACCGAGGAGGUCAGACCUCAGCCGGAUGAGAGGUUGGACUCACAAAAGGCCGCCAGCAGUGGUUAGAGGCGCGUACAAUUUGGAGGUGCUCUAGUUUCUGCAACUACAGCCCCAUUCAUCUUGUCAGCAAAAAUGAGGCCUAGCUUGGAAAUUACUUCCAUCCACUUUCACUGUCACCUGUUUCCCUUUAUUCUCUCCUACCUCCCACAUGUCCCUCCAGUUCAAAUCACAUCACUCACUGAGGGAGGGAACAGAAUGAAAUAGUUUCAGUCUGAGCUACUUCUGGCCAGCGGACACAUUUAUUGUGGCAUUAUAAGAACAUUUCUUUGACCAAAGAAUAUUUGUUUUUCUUUAAUGUCACCUUUUGUUGGUACAGUAACGGCGUAUAUUGGUCCUCUUUGAAUAACAGUCAGUCCUUUUCACUUCAAGCACUUAGAUUGUAAAAUGUUGUGACAUUCAUUUGCAUCGAUGAGGUAUCUAAUUUGAAAAGAAAAUGUGGCAAAAAUAAUUUAAAAAAAUCUGUCGGAUGUAUAUGUCUUGAACUUUAAUGUGGUAAAUUGUUCAGACAAUUACAAAGCAAAUUCCUCCAAGAUCUAAAGCAGGGGUGCCCAAAUCUGGUGCUCGAGAGCCGCUAUUUCAAAUUCGGAAUCAGGCGUGUUGGAGGAGGGAGACAUCUAAAACAGGCUGGAUAGGGGGCUCUUGAGGACCAAACUUGGACACCCUGAUCUGAAACAACACACAUUUAGUUAUAUGGAUGACAUUGGUAUCGGUUUUGGGUGAUUUGAUCACUACAACACCAAAAGCGGCCCAAACAUUUGAGUCCCCUAACGGUCAAGGGUAUGCAGUCGUACGAUGUUGACAAGCACAAGGCGAGCCUUCCUGGCUGCAACAACAGAAUGGAUACAAUUUGUCGAAUAAAAAGAUGACUCACCCAUCCCAAACCAGGAAAGCUGCUCUGUUUUUCCUCAUAAGGUGCCUCUUUUCUUGUGUCGUCACAUUGGCCGACAAUUUAGCAAAGCCCGCUGUGCACUGAGUUUAAGCCGCCACACUAAAUCUGAAUCAUACAAUUUUUUUUCAAUAGUUUCCCUUCCAGGUGCCUGCCUCUGGCCACGAUGUAUAAAUGUAAAGUUGUCUUGAUCACUUGUAUACUGCGGUCACUAUUUUUAUUAAUAUUUUAUAUUUGGUUAAUAUUUUGUCUAUUACAUGUAAUUUUAUUGUCCUCUGUGUCAUUUUGCUCUCUGCUCUUCCCGGUUGUGCUGUGUAUUUGCUCAUGCAACCCCAUGCAACGAUUUGUACUCUGUGUUACUGUAUAACCAGUAUCGUUGGCCUAAACCUUGUGCGGAAAUGAGAACCCCCUAAAAGCCAAGCUUGUCCAUAAGUGAACAUGUUUGGCUCUACUUCACAUGGACAUGUGCAAUGGUUGAACAGAAAAAAAUGUGCUUUAUUUUGAUUGUAAAGGUUGAAAAUGGGGAAGAAUAAAAGGUUGUUGAAACAUCA